UCACAUAAAUUAGAUUUUUACUUAAUCCAUUGAACUUACAAAAAAAUCUAUUCAUAUAUCCAAUUUCAUAUUUAACCUAUUAUUAGGUUUAUAAUAAGAGAAAUUUGACCCUAUAACCAUUAAAAAAAUAAAAUUAAAAAACUAACAAUUCUUCCCAUCUAUAUCUUCCUUUUUGUUUAUAUAGCACUCUAACCCAUGAUUAGUUUCCUAAUUUUAAUAUAUACUUUUUUGUUAUUUCCCUAAUUCUCCCUUAUGAUAAUUGGUUCUAAUUAACAGCUUAAUUAUUAUAAUAUUCAAAAUAAACAAACAUAAAAAUUGUUAACCAAAUAGAUUUUUAUGAAAAUUAAUUUAUAGUGAAAUAAUCAUAUAAUUUUUUAAAGAAAUAGACAAAAAAACAAACUGAUAGUAAACAAAAUAUUUUUUAGCUCAUCCAUAACUCGGGUUAAACUUCGUGUACUACAGGUUUCUAAUAAUCAUUGUGUACUACAGCUUAGUGCCAUUUGUACUGCAUAAAGGACCCAUGUACAAACAUAUAAACCAGACCAGCCCCGACGACAUUAGAAAAAAAAACCAAGCCUUUGACUAUUUGACAACCUCAUAUACUCUCUGCAUCCUUACGAAGAAGAGGAAUCAGGUAACUUUAAGAGUCUGCGAUUCUGUGGUACGAUUCUUUAUUCUUAUUCUCUCUUGCCGGUAGUGUACUGCAGAGCCGAGUACUCUUUCUCCUCUCCGACUUGCUGCGACCUCCUAUUCCCUGAGAUCGUCUUUUUAUAUAUAAAUAUUAUCUUCAAUCAUUUUUUAAGUUAAUAUCUUAUUUUUGUACAUAAGAUUGCCUCCCGGAUUAAAAAAAAAGGUUGCCUCUCGGAUAUUGUUUUUAAUAAAAAAAUAUUUGGAUUUUCAGAAAUGGCUUUAAAAAUUCGAAAAGCUAAAAUAACUUUCAAAAUUUUCACUAAUUUGAAUAAGAAGUAAGUUCCAAAUGAGUAUUUCAGCUAUGAAUUAACUUCUAAACGCGGUAAAAAAACAAUCAACUUCUAAACAAGUAUUUUAGAUAAAGUUGUUUUUUAGAAAAUUAAAUAAAAAAAUAACCUCUUCUCGUUUCCGUUAAACUAAACUAAACAUCCUUGCAAAUUAUUUGAAAGAAGUUAAAAAUAUAAGAGAAAAUUCGGGACAUGUCACGAAAUGAAUAUGUCUAUUUAAUAAGCUUAUCCAUUCGGACACAAAAAAAAAACAUAUGACAAACACACUGCCACUUCACCAGACAGAAUCUAAAACCAACCAAUGAAAACGCGUAUCUACAGAUAACUCCUUUCUAUGGAGUUUGCUCCCAGAGCCACUCAUUGCUCUAUCUCAUUCUCUCGCUCACUCAUAAAACUCACAACUCACUCUAUCCUCAAUCAACCAAAGGAUAACACACACAAAAAAAUCAAGACUCUCACUAAGAUAAACCAAGAAUCUUCAUCAUGGCUUCAGUAACCUCAGCUACCGUCGCAAUCCCAUCCUUCACCGGCCUAAAAUCCACAAUCUCCAAACCCUCCGCCGUCGUCAGACUCCCCACCACAACAUCACGGAACCUCACCGUGAAGGCAUCUCUCAAGGACUUCGGAGUCGCGGCUGUUGCAGCUGCAGCUUCCAUCGCUUUGGCUGGAAACGCCAUGGCCAUCGAUGUUCUCUUGGGAUCAGGAGAUGGAGCGUUGGCUUUCGUUCCCAACGAGUUCACAAUAGCCAAAGGAGAGAAGAUUGUGUUCAAGAACAAUGCUGGAUUCCCACACAACGUUGUGUUCGAUGAGGACGAGAUCCCAAGCGGUGUCGACGCGAGCAAGAUCUCCAUGGACGAGCAAGAUCUGCUCAACGCUGCUGGAGAGACGUACGAGGUUGCUUUGACUGAGCCUGGGACCUACAGCUUCUACUGUGCGCCUCAUCAGGGUGCUGGUAUGGUCGGUAAAGUCACCGUUAACUAAUAAAAUUGUGAGUGUAGAAGUGAAAGAGUGUCUCUGAUUCAUGUAGAGGCUUUUCUUUCAGUCUUACUUACAUAAGGUGUUUUGUACUUCUAAAGAGUGUUGGAAUCAAAUGGACAUUGAUUUGUUAUAAUGAGAGUACUGGUUCCAUGAA